AUAGUCUCUCUGAACUAUAUUUCGCUUGUCGCCAUUUUGAUAAGCUACACAUGCUGCGUACAUAAAUUAUAUUAAAAACUGAAAAUUUUGUGAAUUUCAUUAUACUGAGAAUUUAUAUAAAAAAAAAGACGAAAAUGGUAAAAUGCAGUGCCUACUUGUGUAAUAGUAUAACUUAUGGAAAUAUACCGGACAUAACUUUUCAUCGGUUCCCAAAAGACCAACGAUUAUGCAGCAGAUGGGUUUCCAAUAUGGGAUUAAAAAAUUGGAAACCAACCAAAACUUGUGUGCUGUGUUCGAAACAUUUUGAAAAGCAUUAUAUUGAUAAAAGUAUUUUUCGAACUCGUUUACGACCUGGUGCAGUACCGACUUUGUUUGAAACUUUGCCAGAGUCAUCUGAAAUGAAAAAAAAGAAGAGGAUGCAAAGGAAAAGUGACACAACUGGUGAAUGUGUUUCCAUCCUUCAUAAUUUACAAAACAUUGAACCACAGCUGUCCACAUUGCAACAGAAAUCUGUUAGCAGAAAUACUGUCGUACAAAAUUUAUGCAAACUAGACAAUAAAGUUACAACACCGAAUGUGGCAUGUGAUACGUGUAUAAAUGGACUGAAAAGAGAAAUUGUUUUUAAAAACAAAAUAAUUAAAUCACUCCGAGACAAAAAUAAAAUAUUGACGAAGAGGAUUGCUUAUUUUUAUAAAGUUAUAAUUGUUUUACAAAAUAAAAAAUUAAAAGACAGGGAUAUACCAAUUCUAAAUAAUCUAGGAUUUUAUAAAUAAUAAUUGGGAUCACCCCAAGCUAAGAAUAAAAAAUCACCUUUAGAAAAUUAUAUUCACCAGAACUAGGUGGUACAAAAAUCUAUGUGCCAUAACCUAGGGUUUAAAUUGCAAUUGUCUAUUCAAUGGAGUCAGUAGGAGAAUGUUUUAAAGAGUUAAAUAUCCUCAC